AUGAUAUGCAGGUUUUGCAUUGACAAUGUCUUGAUGUCUGGGAAAUCGUGGGGUUACCAUCGGAAAAUUGUCGAGCAACGGGAGAGAGCUGCAUUGGCGAAAUGCGUGUUUUGUUCCGCCCUCAUUAAGGAUUCUGGGCUUGCUGAGCAGGGCAAAUCUUGGCCAUUAUACCGAUGGAGCAUGCGCUUUCCGGGUCGAAUUCGGGAGACCAUGCACUCGAUUGUAAUCACCUUCCGUCCGAUACUAGAAGAGGACUCGAACGACCAUCACCCAAGGUUUACAGCUCGUCCUGAUCUUGUGUUUUACAUGUUCCCCGAGGAAGAGCUCGGAAUCAUUCCCAGUGUAGAGGACGUCGGUAGAAGCACGAACCUAGAGUCAGCAGGUGCACAGGUCAAGAGUUGGGUCCAGCAAUGCGAUAACAAUCACGAAGGAUGCUCUAAACAGCGGCUUCAACAAGCACGCUACGGAUCACUUCCAACUCGGCUUCUUGACGUUGGCACGGAAAGGACUGGGCACGUAAAGCUCAUUGAGACUAAGAAAACAACAAUCAAAGGACCAUAUGUGUCCUUGAGCCAUUGCUGGGGCACCAUUCCUUUCACCACACUGACCCCCAAGAACCUAGAAUCCUUCAAAGAUGGCAUCGGGUGGGAAAAGCUCUCUCGGAAUUUCCAAGAUGCCAUCACCGUCACACGCUUUCUCGGCAUUUCAUACAUCUGGAUAGAUUCUCUAUGUAUCAUUCAAGGUCAAGAGGGAGACUUUCCAGCCGAAGCUCCAUUCAUGCAUCAGUAUUAUCGAAACGCAUACUGUAACAUUGCCGCAGCAGAUUCACCCAAUAGCACAGGCGGGCUUUUCCGAGGUCGCCAUGCUACCCAAAUCCUUCCGGAUAAGUAUAGUGUUGACGAUAAGUCAACGAUAUUUGGAGACAAAAAAUGGAGAAUCGUCAAUCAAGACAUAUGGCAUACCCAAUUGCUCAAGACCGUCAUCUAUACUCGCGGAUGGCGGAUGCUCGCCCCACGCAUCAUUCACUUCGCUAAAGACCAGAUCUUCUGGGAUUGCGCCACAAUGAGCGCGUGUGAGACUUUUCCAUCUGGACUUCCGCAGCCACUGGAUACUGCUGCGGCGACUGAUCGGCACUGGCGCGGAAGACUUCAAGAAACCGGAUCUAUCCGCCACCACCCAUUAGCCGGCGCCUCUGACGACUCUUUGGAGCAAUUUUGGAUCUCCGCAGUUCGAAAUUAUACAAGCUGCAAUCUCACGAAAGGAAGUGACAAGCUCAUGGCUGUUUGGGGCAUCGCGAAGCUUGUUCGAGACGCUUUAGAGGAAGAAUAUGGUGCUGGCCUGUGGGCGUACAGACUUGAAGAGCAACUGGCCUGGAGAGUCUCCGAGUGCACCUUGGACGCGCGCCCUACGGAUCUUCGAGAUAACCCGUCCUGGUCUUGGGCAUCUAUGAACGGUACAAUAGAGCUCGCUAAUCGCGUAGUACAAGUUGCGUACUAUGAGAAAACGGACCUUCACCAAACGCCCAAGCUUGUGGAAGAGCGGCAUUACGGUGUCACAGAUCAUCACGGGGAACCAAUUUCGUUUCAAUUGAUUUACGGACUGAAGGCCAGUACAACGCAAGAUUCAAUAACUGACGGCGCUAUUGGGUCCAAGAGACCAAAACCGGGCCGGGGCUAUAGUGCUUCGCAGAAUGACCCUGACCAUCAACCGCGACUUGUUUCCAAAUCGAUCGAAAUCGAGGGUUACAUUGGUCAUGCGGCUCUUUCGCGUCAUGGGAACGAUAGAUGGACUCUUUCUUUGCCUGAAGAAGGGAGAGGACUGAUCAACUCAAAUAUUGAAGUCUUUCCUGACACGAAACCCAAGUCCCUGGACACUGCUUUUGUGGUACUAUCGGCAAGCAAAAUUCCUCGAGACAGAACCAUACCUCGGCUGGAUGCUUUGGGCAUUGAAACUGUCUUCCAGUAUUUCGGAGUUGGGAUUACCCUUCAACGGACUGCCGAGAGUGGUCAUUAUGAGAGGUCCGGGGCAUUUCGCUUUCGCAAUCUCAGCGAGGAGAUGUGGCAGAUGCUGAGGCCUGACACAGCAAAUCUUAACGGCUUGCUGGGGGAUACGAAGUUUUGGCUGGAUUGA